CACUGGGCGAGUCCUGUUGGUGAUAUGAACUAAUGCUUGACAAAAUUUUGCUCUAUCUGAAGUUGGGGCUCACCUCUCAGCGCUCGAACGGAUGGGCGCGACCUCGACACUGGGACAAAUACAGACAUGGAGCCCUUGAUACCCAAAAACAAGAGAUAAGGCUGUUCAAGAUCGUAAUCACUCCGGAUGACGAAUUGGAGGCCCGCAUUGAGCACUUUAACUUGGAGAAUAUCGUUCGAGACCCCAAGAACGAUAGUUCUAACGGUGGAUCGCCCAUCAGAUUCCGUGCGCUUUCAUAUACCUGGGGUCCACCCACGCCUUGCUACGACAUCACCGUAGAAGGAAGUGUUCUCCGUGUACGGAAGAAUCUUGCUGACUUUCUCUAUGCGUAUGCCAAACGGCAUCCAGAAGAGUACAUCUGGAUCGACCAGAUAUGUAUCAAUCAGGAUACAGUUGUCGAACGCAACCAUCAGGUUCAAUUGAUGUCAAAAAUUUACGAGUUGGCGAAUGAAGUUAUCAUCUGGCUUGGUCAACAGGAUGUCGAGGGUUGGAAACCUCAAUGCUCUGAAGACUGCCAGAAGGAUAGUUCUGCUCUGUCAAACACUCCAAGCCACCAAGGACAGUCUAGCAAAGUUAUGUCACACUCCUUGCAAUGUCUUCAGCGCAUGUCCCUUGCCAAACAUAUUCUCCAAAAUGCAUACUGGGGUCGACUGUGGAUAAUACAAGAAGUUAUGUUAGCUAGAGAGCUCAGGUACUUCUGUGGCGACAUGGUAUUAGAUGCCAACGAUGUUUCGAAGCUUUCGGAAUUUUUGAUACGUCAUAACGCGGCCACGAGGAAACUCAAGCCCAGGCCUGCGCAGAGAGACUGGAUCAACCGCAGAGAAAAUCCAUCUAGAGGUGGCAGGUGGUUGACUAGAAGAGUAAGAGAGAGUCCUUUUGGUUUCAGGGACAGCCUUCUCCGCGAUAGGAACACAUUCAGAGAGGACAAGAAACGAGUAGAUAUUGCACGUUGCUUUCAGACGUACACGCAUGGGCUUUGUGAGGAUGUGAGAGAUAAAGUCUACGGGCUGCAAAGUCUACUCGAUGUAGAGCACAGGGUGCAGAUCGACUACGAAAAGACGACGAAGGAAGUGUUCAUUGACGCGGCCUUGAAGAUCGUUGCAUGUGGCAACCUGGACAGCCUAAAAGAAAAGGCUAUAUCAAAACUCGCUUGGUCGAUGAGCAUUGAGCAGCAAGCACCAGGAGAGCGGGGUCUGUUCGAUGACGAAGAGCAUGGAUAUGGAGUCCUCGGAAUUCUGUGCUGGUACAGAUUAUGUCCCGUGGACGAACGACAUGAGCGCUUAGCAAUUAUUAAGAACGUAUUUGAGAAAGAACUAAUCGUGUCAGAGUCGAGCGAGAACGUUCGAGGCACAUUACAUCCUGGUGCUAGCGGACAGCAGACGCGAAUGAGAGCUGACGUGAUUGACAAUGAAUUAUGAGGAACUGAAUGAUACGGUACAAAGCGUGCUUUUUGGAGAUACAGCAUGAACCUGCGGCUUAGGUCACUUCUCUUUUGCCAUUGAUGGUAGACCACACGAGGAACGAUCAUCAACUCAAAGGUCGGAGCGGUGCAUCGCUUGGUACUUCCAUUCUGAUGCUAGCGAGUUCCGGUUCUAAGCUGCACAGCAUGCAAGAAUUAAACAAAUCAGGAGAACUUGAUGAGCCACAUGCUGAUCCAGAAAAGAGGACAGUCUCGCUAAUUCCAAAAGAAAAAAAAUGGCUAUCCGGAGGUUUAUGACCAGUCCUCUCACAUUUGCAUGGGAAAGCUUCAGCAUCCUACUUCACGGGGCGAGUUCAAUUUCGAGUUCUUUUUUCGUUUGUACAACAGAAGAAACGUCGCGGAAAGUUUAUGUCUGCAAACUAUUUGCUCGAAUUUUGGAUUCGUAUUCAUCAGUUACGUUGUUGGUCAU